AUGGAGCUUACCAGUAAACAGAGGAGCGUUUUUUAUAUAUUGUUUUUUUCAAUAUGCAUGAUCAACGUUUCUUUUUCUGCGAAAAGGACAAACGUUCGAAGAUCGGAGCGCCUCAGCCCUCCUUUGGACAUCCAGUUGGAGAUGGUGAACUGCACAGCCUUCAGUGUGCGGUGGAAGAUGCCCCGGCGUCAUGUUAGCACCAUCACAGGCUACAAGGUGUUCUACACAGAGAUGAGGAACAGUCGGCCAGUGAGUACUGCCGUGACGCUGGAGGUGCCUCUCAGUCUGGACAUGCUGACCACCGGGCAAUUGGAUGGACAAGCAAGUUUUGAUGUGGACAUUGGUAACCUUAAAGUUGCCACCCAGUACAGAGUUAGUGUUGGUGCGUAUGGAUGGGCAGGCGAGGGCCGACCUAGCAUGCCCAGGGACAUCAGCACUUCUUCACAAGAGAUGUGUAUGCCUCCGUCCCCUCCCACACAGCCCAGUGUCGUGGCCGUAUCGGACACAGAGCUUGCGUUGUCAUGGACACAGGGUGAGAGUGAGGGAAGUGCACCAGUUCUACACUUUCUUGUUGCUUACAUCAGGCCUGAGAUGGACACAGAGUGGACCUACAUCAGGGAGCCCAUUGAAGCCAACUCCAUGGUACUGAAAGGGUUAAGCCCCGACACGGAGUACCAGUUUGUGGUCCGAGCCGCCAACGUCCAUGGAGUGAGCCCUCCCAGCGCCAUCAACAACCCCAUCCGCACCCCUGCCUGGUCUCUGUCUGCCUGGUCAGUCGUAUAUCUGGGGGACAGGUUCCAGUAUGUGGUGAAAAAAGCUCUCUACACUGUGACAGGCACAGCAGAGGUUGGCAGCAGCGGCUAUGGCCAGCGCUACAUCACAGACGGCAAGAUCAAAGAUGAAGACGGAUUUGACAUAGACGACUCUGACUACGAUGUCUUCAUUGAGGAGCUGAAGCCGUUCCCUGCCAUUCCCAACGGUGACAACCAGAGAUCCCAGCUCCGUUCCCGGUCUGGAACGCCGUCCUCUCAGCCAGGCGGGAACGUCAUCUACAGGAUGGGCACGGCCACACCCAAAGCCAUCCUCCUCCCCUCACCCCCAUCUGACCCAGAGCUGGGCUCCCCACUUACCCCCGUCACCCCUGAGCUGAUCACCAUGAGCCCCACCACCGACAGUCCUUCCUCCACCACCCUGCCUCACACCACCCCCACGCCCCCCAUGACCCAGUGGAUGGGCCCCGUGCCCAGGCUCUACGACCUAGCCUGUGAGGACACAGUGUGCCCCCCCGACAGCUUCUGCCUCAGUGACUACGACAGCGGAGGCUCCCGUUGCCACUGCAACCUGGGCCGCAGUGGUGACAUCUGCUCCUACGGAGUGACGGUGCAGUUCCCAAGGUUCUAUGGCCACUCCCACAUGACCUUUGAACCUCUGAAGAACUCUUACCAGACCUUUCAGAUGACCCUUGAAUUCAAGGCAGACUCGGAGGAUGGCUUGUUGCUGUACUGUGGGGAGAAUGAGCAUGGCCGUGGAGACUUCACCUCUCUGGCUCUUGUACGAGGCAAGCUGCAUUACAGGUUUAACUGUGGCACUGGGGCAGCUCAGAUAGUCAGCGAGACUCGCAUGGUGCCCGGACAGUGGCACACUGUCACCGUAUUCAGGGACGGCAUGAGUGGCUGGCUGAGAAUGGACAACGAUACGCCCAUUUCAGGACGCUCACAGGGACUGUACACCAAGAUCACAUUCCGAAGCCCGUUGUACUUGGGAGGGGCUCCCAGUGCCUAUUGGUUGGUCAGGGCCACAGGGAGCAACCGGGGCUUUCAGGGCUGCAUCCAGAGUCUUACCAUCAACAACAAGGCCACGGAUCUCAGACCCUGGCCCCUAGGCAGCGCUCUGAGCGGAGCAGACAUCGGUGAGUGCAGUGACAGCGUGUGUGAGAUGAUCACCUGCGACAACAGAGGAAUCUGCUUUGCCAACCGAGCGGACGGGUACAUCUGUCUGUGCCCUCUGGGCUUCAGAGGCAUACUCUGUGAAGAGAGUUUCCUGCUGUCUCUGCCGCUCUUCAACGAGACCAUGUUUUCGUACGCCAGCGCCCCUUGGCCCCAGUCCCUCCUCAGUUACCUGUCCUUCAUGGAGUUUGAGAUCACCUUUCAGCCGGCCAGGCCUGACGGCACGCUGCUCUACAGCGACGACGCCAGCAGCCGGGACUUCUUGGCCAUCAACCUGGUGGAAGGAUACGUGGAGUUCCGCUUUGACUGUGGCUCUGGAGGGUCUGUCAUUAGGAGUGAGGAGCAGGUCAGUAUAGGCACAUGGCAUGAGCUGCGGGUCUCUCGUACAGCCAAGAGUGGCAUCCUGCAGGUGGACAACCAGAAGCCCAUGGAGGGCAUAGCUGAGGGAGCCUUCACUCAGAUCAAGUGCAGCUCUCCUCUGUACAUCGGCGGAGUACCACAAUAUGACAAAACCAAGAGCGCCGCGGCCGUGCUCCGCCCCUUCAGCGGCACCAUCCAGAAGCUGGUUCUGAAUGACCGCAGCAUCCCACUGACCAAGGACUUUGCUCUGGGGGUGAAUGUGGAGAACGCAGCCCACCCAUGUGUGCAGAGUCCCUGUGCCAACGGCGGCACCUGCAGGCCCAAAUGGGAUGGCUACGAGUGUGACUGCCCUCUCGGCUACGAUGGCCGUCACUGCCAGAAGGAAUGUGGGAAUUACUGUUUAAACACUGUCACAGAGGCCAUUGAGAUUCCACAAUUCAUUGGCCGCAGCUACCUCACAUACGACAAUCGUGAAAUCCUGAAAAGGGUUUCGGGCAUCAGGACCAACAUGUUUAUGCGCUUUAAGAGCACGGCGAAGGAUGGUCUGUUGCUAUGGCGAGGCGACAGCCAAGUGAGGCCCAACAGUGACUUCCUGUCUUUAGGACUGCAGGACGGAGCACUCAUUUUUAGCUAUAACCUGGGCAGUGGUGUGGCCAACGUGAUCGUCAACGGAACCUUCAGCGAUGGAAGGUGGCACAGAGUGAAGGCUGUCAGGGACGGCCAGACUGGGAAGCUGACAGUGGAUGACUAUGGGGCCCAGACUGGCAGGUCACCUGGGAAGAUGAGACAGCUGAACGUCAACGGGGUCUUGUAUGUCGGGGGGAUGAAGGAGAUUGCUCUGCACACCAACCGGCAGUACAGUGGAGGUCUGGUGGGCUGCGUCUCACACUUCACCUUGUCCACCGACUACCACCUGUCCCUAGUGGAGGACGCUGCCGAUGGCAAGAACAUCAACACUUGUACCAACUGA